UCUAAUAAUAUUUCCAGUGUUUUUUUUUCAGAAAUACAGAAAUAAUAAUUUAUAUAACCUGUAAAUACUGUUAUGUAAGGUAAACACUGCAUAUCAGAGUUCUGACUUCGAAGGCUUUGCCCGAACAACGAUCCCGACGUAUCGGCGGCGACUCCUGGAACAGAGCGAAAUGAUGAGGCUGCAAACGUAUGGAGGGAUUAGUUUAAUAGCUACACUGGCUGUUAUCUAUCAUGCAUUUAGUAGCAGAGGCCAGUUUUAUCCGGCAAUGGUUUACCUGUCUACUUCAAAGAUCAGUUUGGUGCUGCUUUUAAAUAUGGGCCUGGUAGUUAUGUGCAUUUUGUGGCAAUUAACAAAAAAGAUCUUCCUUGGCAAGUUACGAGAAGCAGAAGUGGAAAGGCUGAAUGAGCAGUCAUGGCGGGAAGUCAUGGAAAUACUGUUUGCCAUAACUAUUUUUAGACAAGAUUUUUCGGUUUCAUUUAUAGUGAUGGUUACUGCUUUACUUUUGAUCAAAGCUUUGCAUUGGUUGGCCCAGAAGAGAGUUGAAUACAUUGAAACGACUCCGUCUGUUCCUAAGCUAGCUCAUAUCCGAAUUGUAUCUUUCAUGGGAUUCCUUCUCCUUCUUGAUUGUAGCUUUCUCUACAACUCAAUCAAGUAUCUCUUGGAAACCAAACAGGCUUCAGUUUCACUCUUCUUUGCAUUCGAGUACAUGAUACUGGCCACAACAACUGUAUCGACAUUUUUGAAAUAUAUAUUCUAUGUCAGUGACAUGCUUAUGGACGGACAAUGGGAGAAGAAGGCUGUUUACACCUUUUACUUGGAGCUUGCUCGAGACUUGCUUCACUUGACUAUGUACAUGUGUUUCUUCCUCGUCAUUUUUGUGAACUAUGGUGUGCCUCUUCACUUGAUACGGGAACUGUAUGAGACUUUCCGUAACUUCAAAAUCCGUAUUUCUGACUAUCUGCGCUAUCAGAAGAUUACCUCAAAUAUGAAUGAUCGUUUCCCUGAUGCAACAUCUGAAGAGAUCAACUCGAGUGAUGCAACCUGCAUUAUUUGCCGAGAGGAGAUGACUACUGCAAAGAAACUUCUAUGUGGGCAUCUCUUUCAUGUCCACUGCCUCAGGUCAUGGUUAGAAAGACAAAAUACAUGCCCUACAUGCAGAGCACCUGUUGUACCACCUGAACAUGGGAUGAGUACUACUGGAACGCGGUCUGGUGGUCAACAACAAGGAACUAGCGCUACUGGUACAUCAUCUCAAGGCUCUGUCAGUGCUGGUGAAGCAAAUGGUAAUAUCAGUCAGCAUCAGGCUAGACUCCAAGCUGCUGCUUCUGCUGCAUCUAUGUAUCAAAAGUCUUUUGUGUAUCCUUCUCCAAGUACUCUAGCAUGGUCGUCUGGACAUACCUUACCUACUCAACCAUUUGGACCUUCCGGCCCCAAUAUGACAGCAAAUGAUAGUGCAUCAGCCUCUCAACAGGAUAUGCAAGUAAAAUUAAUUGAGCGCCAGAUUGAGUAUCUACAAUGGCAGCUCCAGCAUCUACAAGCAUCAGGCAGUGAGAAGAAAAUGGGUUCAGGAGCAUCAGAUAUUAAAGGGAAGGCAGUAUCAUCACCAUCUUCGUCUAUUGUAGACUCUAGUGAGACGGGCAACCCAUAGGCUGCAGACUAACAGCAACCAUGGAGUUACAUUCGUGGUAGCCACUAUUCCUUUUUCACCUUCACAAUCGAACUACAUUAAGUAUUCUGUAUUGAUACUGUUUGAGAGUCGCAUAAUAUGCUUUGUAUCUUGAUUGUUAGACUCCCUGCCAAAUACGGUAUGCAACGCAGUGUGAGUUAAUCUAGGGCUUUUUUGCUCCUGUAUAUACGGUGUAGUAUACUACAGCAUUCGUAUUUUGACUCGAUCAAGCCAAUCUUGCUUAUUAUACUUCAAA